CUGUGGGAACUGGUGGCAGCCAGAAGGAGCCAAUGCAAAGAGUUUCCCCAAGUCACUCCUUCUCUACAUGGGGCCGUCUGAGGAAGCUUUUAAAAAAGCAGGUUCUGGCCCCGAUGCUCCUCCCUCAACGAGACUCCUACGAGCCAUUCUUUCACAUUCACACACCAAUUCAGACACACACACACUAAAACAAGCUUCUGUAAAGGCUUAACAUGACAGACUCGCCCCACGUCUGAUUCAAAAAGGGAGGCAAGGACACGGAUGCACCACUCACAGCAGGCGCAGACAUACGGGAAACUGCCACUGUGUCACAAAGAGAUAAGUCACCACAGAGAAAAACUGCAGAUCUGGGACCAGCUGGAAGGACAAAAUGGGUGUGUGGACAGCCCUGAUUCUGGCCUCGCAGCUGCUAUUGAAACUGUGCUUGAACGUGGAAGCCCAGGCUUUGGUGUAUGAUCUGCUCACCUCGCCCGAUUGCCUGCCAGACCUGCUGCAGGGGGGUCUCACCGAGCAAGGGGUGAAUGAGGCUUUCAUCCUGGCCUCCUUCAAGUUGCAACCCAAGACCGGAACCACUGUGUUUAGCCUGUACAACCCCAGGGACAACAGCAAGUACUUUGAGUUCACCGUGAUGGGGAAGCUGAACAGAGCCGUGUUACGCUACCAGCGGACUGACAAGAGGAUGAGCUCUGUUACCUUCAACAACCUGGUGCUGGCAGAUGGCCAAAAACACCGACUGCUGUUCCACCUGAGGGGGAUGCAGCAGCAGGGGCCAGGCGGGGUGGAGCUGCAUCUGGACUGCAGGCUGGUGGAGACGGUCAGAGACCUUCCCGCUGCCUUCCAGGGUUUGCCAGCAGGCUAUGGUACGGUGGAUUUAAAGACCAUGCAGGCCAGAGAGCAGGAGAACUUGGAUGAGCUCAAGCUGGUGGUCGGGGACUCAUUUGAGAACGUUGCUUCGUUACAAGACUGCCAUUUCCAGCAGAGAGACUCCGUUCAAACUCUGGGGGUCAACACGAAGCAGCUGUCCAAUCAAAUGCUGGAGUUGACGAAGGUGAUAAACGAGCUGAAAGACGUCCUCAUUCAGCAGGUCAAAGAAACCUCCUUUCUCAGGAACACAAUCUCAGAGUGUCAGGCCUGCGGUCUGGGAGGAACCGAGGUGGUGAAACAGAGGUGCACCCCGGGCGUCUGUUUCCGUGACGAUAUGUGCAGAGAGACCGCGGACGGCGUGGAGUGUGCGCCCUGUCCUGAUGGAUACACCGGGGAUGGGUUCAACUGUGACGAUGUGAAUGAGUGCCAGUUUAACCCCUGCUUCCCUGGAGUGAAGUGCGUCAACACCGUCCCGGGCUUCCGCUGCGACGCCUGUCCGCUGGGCUUCACCGGCAUGGCCGUGGAGGGGGUCGGCAUUUUGUACGCUCAGAACAACAAACAGGUCUGUGAUGAUAUUGACGAAUGCAAAGGACCCAACAACGGAGGAUGUGCUGCCAACUCAAUCUGUCACAACUCUGUGGGCUCCUACCAUUGUGGCAGCUGUAAGACAGGUUUCACAGGAGACCAGGUCAAGGGCUGUAAGCCGGAGAUCAGCUGCGGCAACAGCCUGACCAACCCCUGCGAUGUCAACGCCCAGUGCAUCCCAGAAAGAGACGGGUCCAUCACCUGCCAGUGCGGGAUCGGCUGGGCCGGGAAUGGAUACCUGUGCGGGAAGGACACUGAUAUUGAUGGUUAUCCGGAUGAGAAGCUCAAAUGCAAGGAUGCAAAUUGUAGAAAGGAUAACUGUGUCUAUGUCCCUAACUCUGGUCAAGAGGACGCAGACAGGGACGGUCAUGGAGAUGCCUGCGACGACGACGCAGAUGGUGACGGUAUUCCAAACGAGCAGGACAACUGCUGGUUAAAGCCCAACUUGGACCAGAGGAACAGCGACAAGGACAGCCACGGCGACGCCUGCGAUAACUGUCGCAUGGUGGAGAACCCUGACCAGAGAGACACUGACAGCGACGGCAAAGGGGAUGCCUGCGAUGACGACAUGGACGGAGACGGUAUAAAGAAUUUCCUGGACAACUGCCCACGUGUCCAGAACAGAGACCAACUGGACCGGGAUGGAGAUGGAGUGGGAAAUGCCUGCGACAGCUGUCCUGACAUCCCCAACCCAAACCAGUCCGACAUUGAUAACGACCUGGUUGGGGACUCCUGCGACACAAACCAAGACAGCGAUGGCGAUGGUCACCAGGAUACCAAGGACAAUUGCCCACUCGUGAUCAACAGCUCCCAGCUGGACACCGACAAAGACGGACUGGGUGACGAGUGUGACGAUGACGAUGACAAUGACGGGAUUCCGGAUAAUGUGCCGCCAGGACCAGACAACUGUCGGCUGGUACCAAACCCCGACCAGACUGAUGACAACAACGAUGGCGUGGGAGAUGUGUGCGAGUCUGACUUUGACCAGGACAAAGUGAUUGACAGGAUCGACAACUGUCCUGAGAACGCAGAGGUGACCUUGACUGACUUCAGGGCCUAUCAGACGGUGGUGCUGGACCCCGAGGGCGAUGCCCAGAUUGACCCCAACUGGGUUGUGUUGAACCAGGGAAUGGAAAUUGUCCAGACUAUGAACAGCGACCCAGGACUUGCUGUUGGUUACACUGCUUUCAGCGGAGUGGACUUUGAGGGCACGUUUCACGUGAACACAGUCACCGAUGACGACUACGCCGGCUUCAUCUUCGGCUACCAGGACUCGUCCUCCUUCUACGUGGUGAUGUGGAAGCAGACCGAACAGACGUACUGGCAGGCGACGCCCUUCAGAGCCGUGGCCGAGCCCGGCAUCCAGCUCAAGGCGGUGAAAUCUACAUCAGGCCCCGGGGAGCACUUGAGAAACUCGCUGUGGCACACUGGAGACACCAACGACCAGGUGCGCCUGCUGUGGAAGGACCCGAGAAACGUGGGCUGGAAGGACAAGGUGUCCUACCGCUGGUACUUGCAGCACCGUCCGCAGGUUGGGUACAUCAGAGCUCGCUUUUAUGAGGGAACUGAGCUGGUUGCAGACUCUGGCGUGACCAUCGACACGACCAUGAGAGGAGGACGACUUGGCGUCUUCUGUUUCUCUCAAGAAAACAUCAUCUGGUCCAAUCUGAAAUAUCGCUGCAACGACACCAUCCCAGAGGAUUUCCAGGAGUUCAGCACUCAGCACGGAGUCGACUCGCUCUAAAGUCGAGACAAAAAUAUCUUCAAAGAAUGCUGCCUUUGUGUGUGUGUUAGUGUGUGUGUGUGUUAGUGUGUGUGUGCGCGCGCGUGUGUGUAUCGGCGUGCGUGGUUGUGAACGCAGGUGUGUGUCUGUGUAUUGAUGUGUACAUACAUGACUACAAUCCUUGUACUGUAUGUGAACUGUGUGUGCAUGUUAUCAUGCCUGGACCGGGAGGUCAAAGAAAGAAAGGAGGAGAGAGGAGAACACAUAAUACAGGUGACAAUGUUCCAGCUAACGCUUAAAGGUCUUUGGGAACAAGAGAGUAACUGGAAGGUGAAUUGGAGUAAAAAAAAAACAAACAAACAAAAAAACAAGCAUAUUUAAACAUUAAAGGUUAAAUUACAGAUUAGCCAUAUUUGUUGCAAAUUGUUGUCCUUAUGUGACAAAUAAAGUUGAAGACGCGAUAAUGAAUCCCUGUAGGAGUUAUUAAGCAACCCUCCCUUGUAUUGAGUGUUUUCCUUGAUGAUGGGUUUUUAAUUAACAUGCAUGGGCUGUUGCACAGUAGGAAAAAGGUUGUUAAAGUUGUCAUGAUGUCAAAUAUAUAAAAAUGUCCAUCUGGCCCAACGUUGACCCCAAAAAACAUGAUUUUGUAGGAAAUUUCUAGUCUCCUGGAACACGAUUUAAAAGUGUCGAUGACUCAUCCUGCACUUGGGGGCGUGUACAAAUGUGCUGGCCAAUCAGAACACACAGGGCUUUUUUUUGGUGGAGGCUUCCUUUGUUUGAAUAAGAACCAUGUAAAAAUGGAUUUCAUGGGGACUUUAACAGCUUUUCCCCAAAAUAUAAGUUUAUAAUAUAGAUUAGGCAUCGAGUAUUUACAAAAUGCCCACUUGUUACUCUCUUGUUUCCCAUAGUUUCAUUUUCUUCCUCUGUAUGGCCUUGAGGAGGUCAGACCUUUUUUAUUAAUCUGACUUUUUUAUUAAUCUGAUUUUACCCUGUAAAUUGAAGCCUGUAAAACCACUUAAGCACCAUGACGUAACAUAUUACCUGUCAUGGAACGUCUUUGCAUAAUAAAAUAAUAAAUCCAUAAUAAAUCCAACAUGUUCAAAGUAGGGGGAACAUCAAAAAGACAAGUACGUUUUUAAUAUUAACACAGUAGUUAUAAUUUAAUGACUUAGCUCAUAGUAUUAAUAGUAAUCGCGUUCACCAAAAGAACCUGCUUUGGAUCAACCUCUUCAUGCGUAUGUUUUUUACUGGUUGCGUUGUGUCAGCUUUAUUGCUGCUUUUGCGGAAAGGAUGAACAGAUCAAGGCUCGGACUCUUCCUUGUUUCUCUCGCACUAGAUGAUUAAUUUAAUGUUUAAUCGGUGUAACAGUGUUUGUUUUGUUCUUUCCUUUUCAUUUUUAUGAAUUUCUCAUCUACGGCUUGUAGUCAUGAACCUGGUCAAAAUAAAGGGCUUUGAAAUACA